AUGAUAUCAGAUCAUAGACUUGGACAAAUCAUUAUCCCUAAGUAUCCCAUCAAAGCAGUAAAAGUGCCAUUGAAGAAAAUGGAUUACCCUCACUACUGUCGUCUCCUACAAAGAAUGGACAUGCCCUUUGUGAGAGGAAAUGAGGACAGACAUUUCUAUGGCAGUUUUGAAGAGAAAGACAGUCAUGCUUUCCUGAAAUUUCACCCUUACCCUUCUCCUGUCCAGCCAGACUAUCAUAUAUACCGUCCUUAUCCCCCACCUCCUGGGAAAGAUUAUGCUUUAUUUCCACAUCGAGAUGAUGUGCCAUUGGGUGACCCUUGUUCAGGGCUUAUGAGUGCGGGAGGUGAUGCUGAUUUGCUGCCUAGAGUUGGCAAAAACAUCCCAAACCUAGUGGAUUACUCUGAUGUGAAGCCACAACAACGAGUCCCUUUUUCAGACUGUGGAUUGGAGACAGAAAUUAGGAGGCGAACAAUAUUAUUUGAAGAGCUAAAUGAGGACCCAAGGUGGAAUUCCAGAAAAGUAUCUGAUGCUGCUAUCAGAGCCAGACUUGGAGGUUGGACAAGCCCAGUGAGAGUUAUUCCCGAUAUAUCUAAAAUGCAAGGCAAUUUAACCACGCAUAGGUUUUCAUUUGAUGAUUCAAAAUGUAAGGGUAAAGAAGGUAAAAUUCCAGGAGUGAUGAGUGAGGAACAGAGAGUAAAGGAAUCAUUCUAUAAGUCCAGUACACAAAAAGCAUAUGAAGCAGUUCCACUGGAUCGGAUAUACCCACCAAAGAUCGACCCACCACUAACGACAUUUGAAAAGAAGGCUGAUCAAGUUUCACCAUGUUUUACACUGAAAAGAUAUGAAUGCACGCCAUCGAUAAGUCAGCUCGUUGGGGGCCUCUGGGACAGAUUUCAAACAAGAUCCUUCACAUCACCAAAAAGACCAAUUAAUUUUGUGAGCCCAAGUAGUCGAACUCAAUAUAUUCCUCUUUACACUGGUUAUGUUGAGGCAUUAGACCCUGAUGACAGAGAUGAUCCUGAUGGUGACCUUACGUCUUUGGGCAAGGCUCGGACCUCAAGGAUACUUUAUACACCUACAAGCCACUCCACAAAUAUUCCAAAAUAUGCUGGCAAGGUUCAUUUCACAGCCACCCACCCAGCAAAUUCUGAUGUUCCACGAACCACCCCAGCCACAAGUUCAGCAGUUCGGCGUAUUAUACUCAGUCAUGCAUAUCGCAUGAAGGACAUUGGAAAAACUGUGCAUGCCCCCCCCAAACUGAAAACAAUGGGGAGAGAACUGGGAAUCAUUUUAUAUGAGGAUUUGUUGGAGUUGGGAAUCUUUUGCCUGAAAUGCAAUGAAAGUUGCAGAGAAUUAAAUUUCAACACCUUAUGGGAAGUAAGGAAUGUGCCUAAUUAUCGUCAUAUGGGACCUUUAUCAAAAAUGGUUACUCUGGUGAACCCAUACAACUCUUUCAAUGGGGUGGUAAAAGAAACUCUUAAGCCGUUUAAGAAGCCUAUUCUGUAA